AUGGGAGACCACGAUGGCGCGCCCUCUACAGCACCACCCACCGGCGACGAGGACGCGGCAAUGGAUUCACCGCCCCUGCAUCCAAUCCCGUGCAUGCAAGGCGCCUUCGAAGAAUCCAUCAUGGAGUCCGUCGAUCCCGCCAACACUGAAGACUCGGCCAAUGCGAUGGACAAGCCCAAUGCACAAGCGCGACGGCAGCAGUUGCUCGCCGACUUGGACUACAACGACUCGUACACUGCGAAGUGGAGGAGAAAGCCGGGCGCCAAAUACCACCCGCUGUGGAAGCUCGUGGCGCAGAUUGCGUUCGGCGUACACCUGUUGCAUCACCAGCUGGCAAAAUCAGAUGCCGAAGUGGUCAAGAUCCUCAAAUCGCAUGUAAAUGAGAUGGACGGCUUCUGCAAACGGACCGCAGAGGAUUUUGAGCUUGCCAUAGCCGACAUCCAAGAACGCAUCAACUACCUCAAGUUACCAUUGGAGCACGUGCAGAUUUUUGACAUCAUGCUCGAUGACCGACAGUUCCGCACAUCCAUAAUCGAGGGAAACGAGAAGAUCGAACACAUCGUUAGUCGCACGGCGCAGGCAAUGAAUGAUACGCUGCUAGACAUUGGCACGGGCUUGGAAGCUACCGAAGAAUUCACAAACUACUUGGACAGGAUAGGUCGAGAGUGGACCGAGGAGAAUCAAGAGCUGUCAAGCAUCUAUACCGCAAUGCGCGGCAACAGUGAUGGCUGGGAUCGUUGCCUCAAAGCUCUGCAGCUGAGAGGUAGCAAGCUCGGCGUGGUUCUGGUGCAGCUUGGCAGUAUAUUGAAUGAAAUGUCAAAGCGGGCGGGCGUUGCCAGCAGGAGAAGCAUAACGGAGCAUCGAAGUCCAGAGAGCGGCAGCAGACAAACCUCCCGCUCACCAAGACCACGAGUGGCCAGUCCUCCAGCGGCUCCCAAGCAACCCAAGGCGCGCCCAUCCCAGAAGCCUCUUCCGCAAGACCCAGAUCUUGUUGCGCCAGCAGUCCAGGCAACACUUCCGCAGCCCCAUCCGAUACCGCUGGAGAAGCGAUUUGAGAACCCGCGUGAACAACCUGAGCCGCAGCGCCGGAAGCCUGCGGGUGCCCCGCGCGAGGCAGCGGGAUCUGCUCAAGCAAGGUCGAAUCAAAUGGCCGACCUAGCAGACUUCUUCCGAGAUACCGGACCAGUAGACUCGGAACCGCCACCGAUCAUGCGGACGCCGAAGCAGACAACGCCCGACCAUCGCGUUCCAACGAGCAGGUUCUCAAAGCGUUUUAGCCGAGACAAGCCUACCAGCCCAACCAUGGCGCAAGAUUCCGCAUACUCCUCUGGGUCUUCCGGUCACUCCGCUUCUGGAUCUGGUUCCGCAAACUCACGUGAGCGUCCGUCGCCUUCUCCAGGCCGAGCGUCUGCUCACCUUACCCUACCUUCGUAUGGUGCACCGCCUUCACCACUAGCUCACUCCUUUAAGAGCACUGGGAUUGGAAAGUCUACUCCAUCGUCCUAUCCCAAGUCGCCCGUGCCUCGACGUAGUUCGGUGGUUGCCAGCGCUUCUGCUCAGAAGCAAAAGCCAUCACUACUCGGCAGAUUGUUUGGUCGAAGCAAGAAAGAUGUUGCUUGCUGA